AUGGUCCGCUGCCGUGCGAGGAGCCCCAGCAAGCGCCCAUGCCAGGAGCACAGGCAGGAGCACGGCCAUGACCGUGAGGACCAGGACGAUCCCGAGCAGGAGCAGGAUCUGAACCCAGAGCACAUCGAGAUCUACGGCAGGAUGCACUGUGGCCACUACCGACAACGGCGCUGCUCCCACCGCAGACGCCGGUCCUGUUGCGGCCGCCGUCGGUCCUGCUGCCGGAGGUCCUGCCAGAGGCGGAGACGCAGCUGCAGGCACCGAAGGCGGUACCGCAGAGGCUGCAGAAGCAGGAGGAGGAGAUGA